GUCAUAGUGGGCUCAGAAGGCACCGGCCCGUGAUCCUUCCACCGUCGAAAGCGGGAGGUGGACGCUGCUCUGUGAAACCAGCCUCACGCAGUCUCCUCCGCUCUAAGAGUGCCCGAACCACAAGCCUUCGCUCGAGCCCGAACCCUCAACUCCCGACUUGGAAUGGGCAGGCCAGUGAAUAGCCAACCCGAACCCGGCCUAAUGAGAUCGGCCCAUAGUUCCAACAUCUUGUUGUCUCCACUCGGAUCACAAGCCCGCGUUACCAAGCUGGACGUGCACUUCUUGCGAGUUAAUCUUAUAUAUACAACAGAGAAAAGCUUGUUUGUUCCGAUGUGGGACGUUUAACAACUAAAAAUAACAUCUCACUUCCAACGACGCCGUUUUCUAUUCUUCAAUUUACAGUCUACAAUGGUCCAGUUUCUGAUUUGUUUCUUUGCUAAAUCAAGGUAUGGGUUCUGAUAAACUCGGUACUCAUUGAGACGAUUCCCUGAUAUGUUAGAUGUUCAUUGGCUCUAUGCACGGCCUCCACAGAUCAUUGCGACAUUUGGGAAGAACAGUAGAUUAUAACUUUACGUGCCUAUUCCAAAGAUCAGACCCUAAUGAUACACUGCAGCCGCAGGAGAGGCUUAUAUGGUAGUUCUUUUUACUUUGUUGCAUGAUAAGAUGUCUCUCGUUUGAGACAUUGAAACCUGCAACUUAAGGGCAGGCAUGAUAAUUCAUAUUUUUCUUUACGAAUAUAUUGAUUAAGUCUUUGCAUAAUACUAUAAUAGAUAGAGAAUGAUUUUUCCAAAUGCGCACACAAGAGAUUGGUAUACGGUGCUUGGUCCCCUUAGAAUUUCAAUUAAUCCAAUCCAAUAUGAUCAAACUGAUUACUAAUCACAUCAGUUCACGUGUUAAAUCCUUUUGCGAAAGUUCAUUUGGUUCGCUCCGACACUGAUUCCGAUUACGUGCUGACCAAGAAUUGGAAAAGGAAACAGAAGAGAAGAAAUCAUCUUUCAUAGAGAAUAUCCUAAGAAGAAAGAAAUUCAUACUGCUAUUAGAUGAUCUGUGGAGCGAGGUAGAUUUGAAAAAGAUUGGAGUUCCACAACCAACUCAAGAAAAUGGAUCGAAGAUAGUUUUCACCACUCGUAAAAAGGAAGUUUGCAGACACAUGAGAGCUGAUGAUGAGCUGAAAAUGGAUUGUUUGUCAACGAAUGAAGCGUGGGAACUGUUUCAAAAUGUAGUUGGAGAAGCCCCAUUAAAGAAGGAUUCGGAAAUUCUCACACUCGCAAAAAAAAAUUCCGAAAAAUGUCAUGGCUUGCCACUUGCACUCAAUGUGAUUGGCAAAGCCAUGUCAUGUAAAGAGGAUGUACAUGAAUGGCGUCAUGCAAAUGAUGUUCUCAAAAGUUCCAGCCGCGAGUUUCCAGGUAUGGAAGAAAAUAUUCUUUCAGUUUUGAAGUUCAGCUAUGAUGGUUUAGAGGAUGAUAAGAUGAAAUCAUGCUUCCUAUACUGUUCUUUGUUCCCGGAAGAUUAUGAAAUAAAGGAGGAGGAGUUGAUAGAGUAUUGGAUCAAUGAAGGAUUUAUAAAUGGAAAGAGAGAUGAAGAUGGAAGUAACAACAAAGGUCAUGUUAUAAUUGGUUUGUUAGUUCGUGCGCAUCUAUUGAUGGAAUCAGAAACUACUGUGAAAAUGCAUGACGUGUUACGUGAAAUGGCUCUUUGGAUAGGGUCUACGUCUGCAAAACAGUGCGUCAAAACAGGUGUGAACUUAACCCUUAUACCAUAUGAUGACAUCAACUGGUCAGUUUUGAGAAGGAUCUCGUUGAUGCGUAAUCAAUUUGAUGAAUGAGAUCAACUGGCCAAAAGCUGCCAUUAGAGAGUUUCAGAGACACGAACAGGAGUAAGGAAGUUGAUGAAUGAGAUUCCGAAUCCCCCGUUGCAUAUGCUAUAUUUGUGUGAGUGUAUCCUCUCAGUUUCUAAACCUUUGUUUUGGUUUUAUGUUCUGCUUUUGCUUGAAUGACAUUGUUUGUCAAAGCUGGAAACUUUUCAUUGUUGCAUUUCCACUUCUCUCCAGUUUGUAACCAUUUGAUACAUUUUUCUCAAAGCUUUCAUUUGUGUGUG